AUGCAGCUCACCCAACCCACGGCAGCCAAGCUGCUGAUGCUCUGGGCAUCUCUGUGCUCGGCGGCGCCUCACUUUGACAGCCCGCGGGAGCGUCUGCUUAGGGGCAUGGACAUACCCGCGAGCUACCGCAAGAAGAGUGUUUUCGCCGACUCCUCCAACACGAAGAACCCGUACACGCCUGGGUUCCGUGACCCCAACGAUGGCGCCGUCGACUCGGUCGGCGAAGGCCUUGACCCGCUCCCAUACCGCAACGGACUGGGCGCUUCAGUCCUGGGUCCCUGGAACCAGGAGCGCUCGCGCCAGAACCCGGACCUGGUGCGCCCGCCGUCGACGGACCACGGUAACAUGCCCAACAUGCGAUGGAGCUUUGCCGAUUCGCAUAUUCGUAUUGAGGAAGGCGGAUGGACGCGCCAAACAACCGUCCGCGAGCUGUCUACCAGCGUCGAGCUUGCUGGCGUUAACAUGCGUCUCGGUGAGGGCGUUAUCCGCGAGCUUCACUGGCACAAGGAGGCCGAGUGGGCAUACGUGCUCGACGGCGAGGUCCGCGUGACGGCGCUCGACUACGAGGGCGGCAACUUCAUUGCGGAUGUUGGCAAAGGUGAUUUGUGGUAUUUCCCAAGCGGUGUGCCUCAUUCGCUGCAAGGCCUGAGUCCCAAUGGCACCGAGUUCCUCCUCAUCUUUGACGACGGCAGCUUCUCCGAGGAGUCGACCUUUAUUCUGACUGACUGGCUAGCUCACACGCCCAAGUCCGUCAUCGCAGAGAACUUCCACCUCGAGCCCGAAAUCUUCAAGCACCUCCCCGAGGGCGAAAAAUACAUCUUCCAGGGCACCCUUCCCGGCUCCAUCGAGGAUGAGAGACCGACCGGCAAACACGCCAAGAAGUCCAAGUACAACUUCGUGCACAAGAUGCUGGCCCAGGAGCCUGAAAAGACCUCCGGCGGCGAGGUGCGCAUCACCGAUUCCAAGAACUUCCCCAUCUCCAAGACGGUGGCUGCUGCCCACCUCACCAUCCAGCCGGGUGCCCUCCGCGAGAUGCACUGGCACCCGAAUGCUGAUGAGUGGUCCUUCUUCAUCAAGGGCCGCGCCCGUGUUACCAUUUUCGCUGCCGAGGGUACUGCCCGUACCUUUGACUACGUCCCUGGUGACGUUGGUAUUGUGCCCAAGAACAUGGGUCACUUUGUUGAGAACAUUGGCGAUGAGCCUAUUGAGAUGCUUGAGAUUUUCAGGGCGGACGAGUUCCGUGACUUCUCCCUGUUCCAGUGGAUGGGCGAGACGCCGAAGAAGCUUGUCAUUGACCAUCUGUUCAAGGAUGACAAGGAGAAUGGCGAGAAGUUCUGGAAUGAGGUUAAGGAGGCGCAGAAGGAUCCCGUCACCAAGUACGAGAAGACUAACGUCAAGGCUGGAGGCUCGGUGCUCGAUGGAGCUAGCGACGAGUUGUAA